GAGGCUUGCUUGACUCACGACAGUUCACUGGAAGCCGCUGGUUCUAAGCGGACCGUGCGCUCACCAAUCGCCUCUCGGAACGAACGCGGCAAAUUCAAAUUAGAUUUUUCGAAUUAAUCUUCUCGAAUUUUUUUUAUUCUUCUGAACGGAGACUGUGCCGUAUUUGUGCUUGUUUUGUGCGUUGCGGAUUUUUUUUCGGUUUUUCGGGCAUGCAGUAGAGAUGGGGAUGUCCAGCUUCAGAUCGCUGCUUAUAGCAGCCAUCGUAAUAAGUAAUUGUAUCCCGUGGACAACAUCCAGGCAUCAUUUUAAACACAAUGUAAAUGGCCACCGGAGUAGACACAGACGGCAAGGCGCCGGGUUGUUUCUACCUGCCUCCUACGUCAUACCUGGUGGGGAGGGGGAGGGCGCAUGGGGGGAGUGGGGAGAAGUUUCCGCCUGUUCGCGGACGUGUGGCGGAGGUGUCGCCAAGCAAAAACGAAUAUGCCUUGAACUUGGUCCAGAUGGCCAAGCAUUGUGCAAGGGAGGUGACACCAAGUACUUCUCGUGCCAAACACAAGAUUGCCCGGAGGGCGCCCUGGACUUCAGGUCCGAGCAGUGUGCCGCAUACAACGACAAGUCAUUCAAGGGCAAUAGAUAUAAAUGGGUGCCAUACACAAAAUCUCCAAAUCCAUGUGAACUCAACUGUAUGCCUCAUGGAGAGAGGUUCUAUUACCGCCAGCAGCCAAAAGUUGUGGACGGUACGCGAUGCAACGACGAAUCGUUCGACGUUUGCGUGGAUGGCGUUUGUCAGCCCGUUGGUUGUGAUAUGAUGUUGGGCUCGAACGCACGCGAAGACAAAUGCAGGCAGUGCCGGGGCAACGGUACUAACUGUCACACCAUAUCCGGUCUCAUCGACUCCAUAGAGUUCCGAUUAGGUUAUAACGACGUACUUUUAAUACCACAAGGCGCUACAAAUAUUGCAAUAGCAGAAGUAAGAGCAUCGAGUAAUUACUUAGCCUUGAGAGCGAAAACAAAUAACGUUUAUUACCUAAACGGCGAGUACCACAUAGAUUUCCCUAGAAGUUUAAUGAUAGCGGGCACGCUGUGGCACUACGAACGAAGCCAGCAAGGCCUCGCUGCACCGGACAAGCUGAAAUGUCUUGGACCGACCACUGAGCCACUCUAUCUCUCUAUUUUACUUCAAGAAGAUAACGUGGGCAUCGAAUAUGAAUACAGUGUGCCCUCUGCGCUAGCACCUCCGCCCAAUCAGAACUACAACUGGGUGUAUGACGAGUUUUCAGAGUGCAACGCUACUUGUGGUGGAGGUUAUCAACAACGUCAAGUAACAUGUCGGUCGCGAGAUGAUUUGAACGUAGUCGACGAGAACCUAUGUGAUGUGAACUUCAAGCCGGCGACCAACCAGAGCUGUAACACUGAUGCGUGUGCGCCGACCUGGGUGGAGGGGCCAUGGGGAGUCUGUUCGAAGCCUUGCGGACAAGGAGGCACGAGGUCCAGGGAGGUCUAUUGUGAGAAAAUCAUAACCAAUGGUGUAACAUUCCGGUUUCAAUCGAAAGUGGCGGAUAAGGAAUGCUUCGAUCUACUUGGCCCGAAACCCGAGGUCUUUCAGGAAUGUAAUCAGAACGCAACCUGCCCUACAUGGUUCACUGGACCGUGGACACAUUGUGACAAAUUAUGUGGAGCAGGCAAGCAAACGCGUCAAGUGAUUUGCCAUCAAAGAAUUAACGGUCGUGUAGACGUGUUCGACGACAGCGAGUGUGUAGAGGAGAAGCCGCCGACGGAACAGCAAUGCAUGUUGCACCCUUGCGACGGUGUGGAUUGGGUCCUCAGCGAAUGGUCGGGUUGCGACACGUGUCUCUCAACCGUCCGAUCACGAACAGCACACUGCACCACUAAGAGCCACGAAGUAAUUGAUUCAAGUUUCUGUUCGUACCAUCCUACGCCAAUUCUCGAAGAACCGUGUGACACUAAGAAAUUACCGCCAUGCCAAUUCCUAUGGUACGCCUCACAGUGGAGCAAAUGUUCGGUCCAGUGUGGUAAAGGUGUCCAAACUCGCGACGUAUUUUGUGGAAAUUACGAUGGAGAAUCUGUUACAAAAGUGGAAGAUGAAAAAUGUGAUACCGAAUCCAAAUUUAAAACUGAAAAAGAAUGCGAAGUGCCCAUUAAGAAAUGUCCUGCUAAAUGGUUUGCUGGUGCUUGGUCAGACUGCACAAAGCCUUGCGGCGGAGGUGAGCAGACCCGUCAGGUGAUGUGUCUGAACGGUGGCAAGGAAUCACUUGAUUGUCCUGAGGACUUAGUGUUGGACUUGACACGAUCCUGUAAUGAGGGACCUUGUGAUAAAGAUGAAAUAUUGCCAAUGGAUUCCAAGUCUACUCCUAUAAUUGAAGAGUAUGAUUACGAUGAGUGCGAGGAUGAAGAAGAGUAUCCUGAUGAGAGCGCUGAAGCUAUAACUAAGUUUCCACCUUACGUUCUCGUACCAGAUGAUGCCACUACGCCAGAUCUCCUGGAACUAGAAAUAAUGACAGAUGACGGAAGUGGAUUUACUGAACUGACAGAAAGUACGGUUUCAGAGGCAGAAACGUUUAGUGGUUCAACUGAGAGUACAUAUGAAACAACUGAAAGCACAUUCGAAUCAACAACAGAAACAGGUUCUACUAUUGAAGUAGAAGAAAUCACAACAGAAACCACAGAUUUGACAGGUACCAGUGAGUCAGGUGCGACCGAGACUUCAGAGACUAGUGAGUCUGGUUCUACUGAAACUACGGAAGUGGGUAUAACUGAAUCAGAUACUACUGAUUCGGUGACAGAGGAGACUAGUGAGUCCGGUCCCACUGAAACUACGGAAUUGAGUACAACAGAAAUCACAGAAUCGACUAUAACAGGUAGCACUGAAUUUAGUGCAUCAGAAAGCACAACAGAGCCAGGUCCAACAGAGACUAGUGAGUCUAGUUCAACAGAAACUACAGAAUUAGGCACAACUGAGUCUGGCUUAACAGAAACCACAGAACUGGGUACGACAGAUACUAGUGGGUCAAGUACAGAAGAAAGCACCACACCUCCAGGCACCACAGAUAUAAGUGAAACUGGUUCAACUGAAACUUCAGAAUUGAGUACAACAGAAACUAGUGAAGCUACAACUUCAGAAACUACAGAAUCAGGUACAAGUGAGUCUGGUUCAACAGAAACUACAGAACUGGGUACUACAGGUACUACUGAGUCUGGUCCUUCAGAAAGCACCACAGAAUCAGGUACAACAGAAAUCACAAGUGUGGCUUCAACGGGUAGUAGUGAAUCUAGUCCAUCGGAAAGCACCACUGAACCAGGUGCAACAGGAACUACUGAGUCUAGUUCAACAGAAACGACAGAAUCGGGUACCACUGAGUCUGGCUCAACAGAAACCACAGAACUGGGUAUGACAGAAACCGGUGAGUCAAGCACAGUAGAAAGCACCACAUCACCAGGCACCACAGAGACAAGUGAAUCUGGUUCAACUGAAACGACUGAAUUUAGUACAACAGAGACUAGUGAGUCAAGUUCUACCGAAACAACAGAGUUCGGUUCAACUGAUACAACUGAAUUCAGUACAACGGAAACUACGGAGUUAAGUACAACAUCAAUCGAACCUGGAACAACUGAAUCAACUGAAAUGGACACUUUAUCGACCACAGAGUCAGGUUCAACUGAAACUACAGUAUCUGGUAGUACAGAGACUACCGAAUCAGGAAGCACAGAAGCCGAAACAGGUUCAACAGAAACAACACCCUGGAUUUGGACUAGUAUAAAACCGAUGAGACCGAAAUGCAAGCCAAAAAAAACUGCGAAGUGUCAGAAGAGCAAAUUUGGUUGCUGUCCGGAUAACAAAACGCGUGCUACUGGACCAUUCGAUGAAGGCUGCCCGAAUCCAGAAACCUGUCAUGAAUCUAAAUUUGGCUGUUGUCCCGAUGGCGUGUCGCCGGCCAGUGGUCCUCACAACAAGGGUUGCGAGAUCACACCGUGCAACCAAACUCUGUACGGAUGCUGCAAGUCAGAUAACAUCACGGCUGCCGAGGGCAACGACCAAGAGGGUUGCCCGCCACCGCCACCAGCCUGCAAAUCUUCUGAAUUUGGUUGCUGCAAAGAUGAAGAAACCGAAGCUAAGGGCCCUAAACAACAAGGUUGUCCGGAAACAGAAACCACACUUACCGAAAAGCCAACACCAACACGACCUGGUGGAUGUGAAACGACAGAGUUUGGCUGUUGCUACGACAAUGAAACCGACGCCUCUGGGCCUAACGGCGAGGGUUGCCCGUGUAGUAUUUCUGAAUUUGGCUGCUGUCCUGAUGGUAUCGCAACAGCAAGGGGUGUCAACUUGGAAGGUUGCAUAAUGUCUUGCAACACAUCAGCCUAUGGUUGCUGCCCUGAUGGCGAGACACCGGCUCAUGGACCGGAGUACGAAGGUUGCUGCCUCCAAUACGAAUUUGGUUGCUGUCCAGAUAACUACAAACCAGCUGAGGGCCCACAUCUUGAAGGUUGUGGUUGCAAAUCAGCGCAUUUCGGCUGCUGCCCAGACAAUGUGACAAUAGCCCGUGGGCCCAACAACGAGGGUUGCAGUUGUCAAUAUUCACAGUUCAGCUGCUGCCCAGACAAACGCACAGAAGCGCAGGGCCCAGAGUUUGAAGGAUGUGCGUGCCAUACUUAUCAAUUCGGCUGCUGUCCUGACGGCGUCACAGCAGCUACCGGACCUAACCUCCAAGGCUGUUUGUGCCAGUACUCCAAGUAUGGAUGCUGCGGUGAUGAGGUUACAGGUGCUAAAGGACCUAACAAGGAAGGAUGCGAUUGUUCCAAUAGCAAGUUCGGCUGCUGUCCUGAUGGAGUAACUGAAGCUAAAGGCGACAAAUUCCUCAAUUGCUCUGACUUGCCUGAGAAUAAACAAGCGGCCUGUGCAUUACCCAAUGACAAAGGCUCAUGUGGAAACUUCUCUGUGUACUGGUUCUACGAUAUAUCCUACGGAGGUUGUGUACGAUUCUGGUACGGCGGUUGUGAAGGCAACGGCAAUAGAUUCUCUAGCCAGGAAGAGUGUGAGGACGUCUGUGUACGACCACCUCCAAAAGAUUCUUGCAACUUACCGAAGGUGAAAGGAAUUUGCGACGGUUACAAUAUCCGCUGGUACUACGACGCGUCUCGCGAACAAUGCUCUCAGUUUGUGUACGGCGGGUGUCUGGGCAAUAACAAUAACUUUGACUCCCAGGAGCUUUGCCAGGAACGAUGCGAGCCAGAAAAAACUGAAGAUCAAUGCAACCUGCCAAUCGAGCAAGGUUCGUGCGCUGGAAACUUCGCCCGUUGGGGCUACGACGCGGAACGUCGGCGCUGCGAGCAGUUCAUCUGGGGCGGCUGCGAGGGCAACCCCAACCGCUUCACCUCCGAGGCUGCCUGCAAGCUGCGCUGCAGCCCGCCUGGCGUUCCGAUACAGGCGUGUUCACUACCACAAGAUGCAGGCAAUUGCACUGAGAAACACCCCGCCUGGUCCUUCAGUCCCACGGAGAACCGGUGCAUGCCUUUCUAUUACACGGGCUGCGAAGGGAACGAGAAUCGCUUUGACAGUGAACAGGAUUGUGAUAAAUCCUGCCCCAGUGCAUACGUACAAGAGAUCUGCACGCUACCGGCCGUAACUGGCGAAUGUGCUGAGUACACGCAACGAUGGUACUACGACACCAAGCAUAAGAGAUGCCGUCAGUUCUACUACGGCGGAUGCGGCGGCAAUGAAAACAACUUCAUGUCAGAGUUUGAAUGCGAGAACCGUUGUAUGGAGCAGCCGACCGUUACGACUCUAGCGCCUCAGACGCAGCCGGCCGCCACGCCCGCGCCACGGCCUCGACCCGAUGCCGAGAGAUCAGACUUCUGUUUCGAGCAAGUAGACAGUGGGCCAUGCACGCAGCUAGAGCAGCGCUGGGCCUACGACUCGGCGCGAGGCGCGUGCAUGCAGUUCCAGUACGGAGGCUGCGGCGGCACUCGCAACAACUUCCCCUCGCUGGAGUACUGCCAGUAUUACUGCUCACCAGCACAAGAUAUUUGCCAGUUGCCGAUGUUGUCGGGACCGUGCGAUGCGUCUCUGAUGCGCUGGUUCUACGACUCAAGCACUGACUCCUGCAGUCAGUUCACGUACGGUGGAUGCGACGGAAAUGAAAACCGCUUUAAUUCGUUGGAAGAAUGCGAACGACAGUGUAGAUCUGGGGCUUCUGCGACAACCACUACUACUACUAGCACAACUAUAGCUCCGGAGUACAUACCACCCGAGUGCCAAGUGUCACCAACUCUGGAAGAAUGCAGGGCAGCUGGUGAGGUGUGGUAUCUGGACCUGCAGCAGCGCGCCUGCGUGGUACACAUCAACGCGUACUCCGGCUUCCUCUGCAGGAACACCGGGGUGUAUCCUUCGCAGGAGGCGUGCGAACGCUCCUGCGGCGCUUUCCGUGAUUUAGAUGUAUGUCGCUACCAAGUGGACCCUGGCCCAUGCGAGGAAUCGAUCCCCAAGGUGUACUUCGACUAUGCAACAGGCCGCUGCGCUCAGUUUGCGUACGGCGGCUGCCACGGCGGACCUAACCGCUUCUCAUCCAUCGAGGAGUGCGAGCAAGUCUGCCGACCUCCUAUCAUUGAUCCCUGCAACCGGCCCUCAGAACAGGGCGACUGCCAGGCCUACGUGUACAUGUGGUACUACGACGCGGCGCGCGACGAGUGUGGCCAGUUUGUCUACGGCGGCUGCAAGGGCAAUGAUAACAGGUUCGAAACGCAGCAAGAAUGCGAAAACCGAUGCAAGAAGGGCUCGACAACUGUUGGCAUCAGUUUCGGAAGCAGCACAACGACGCCUUCCUCUACCAUCAGAAUAACGAAUCCAUCGACUACGAUCGCUCCAUUUGGUCCUAACGGACUGGAUAAUCGCUUCAAUACACCAGAGUGUACAACUCCCUCAUCAGUGGAGCCUUGCGGUGCCAACGUUACGGUGUAUUACUAUGACACGAAUACACAAGCUUGUUUAGUCGGGGACUUUGGUGGUUGCCGAUAUCCAAACAGCUACCGAACUGAAGAGGAAUGUGAGAGGAGGUGUGGAGCCUUCCAAGGACUAGACGUAUGCCGUGCCACUCUUGACCCUGGACCGUGUCUGGCUGCAAUCACCAAAUAUUACUGGGACGCAGUAUCGGGUCAAUGCUUACGUUUCGCAUAUGGAGGAUGUCACGGUGGACCCAACCGUUUCUCAAGCGCGGAGGAAUGCGAAGAAGUUUGCAGAGCAACCGGACCAGAGCCGGCGUGCCUGCAGCCGGUGUCGACGGGCGAGCCGGGCUGCCAACUGUCGUCCCGGCGCUGGUACUACCACGACGUCUACGGGGAGUGCAUCGCCUUCGUCUACUCCGGCUGCGGAGGCAGCGAGAACAACUUCCCCUCCUACGAGUCGUGUGCUGUCGCUUGCAAGAGAGCGAGCCCCGCCGAGCCGAGCGAGAACGAGGUGUCGUGCGACGGCUACGUGGCGGAGUGCGCGGCGCUGCGCUGCGAGUACGCGGUGCAGCGCACGCGCACGGCGGGCGGCUGCGAGCGCUGCGUGUGCGUGCCCGUCGACGUGGACUGCGCGCCGCUGCGCCAGGAGUGCGACACGCUCAAGUGCAACUACGGGGUUGAGAGGACCACUGGCGACGAUGGCUGCGAGAGAUGCCGUUGCAUCGAGCACCCGUGUCUCAAGACUCGCUGCACGGCUGAGGAGCGUUGUGUGACCACCGCCUACAGGGAUGCCCUCACGCUAGACGUGCGGUAUUCCGCCGAGUGCAGGAUUGUGAAUAAGACCGGUUCGUGCCCACCGAGGAGUGUAUACUCUACAACCGAGGGUCAGUGCCGCGCGGACUGCAACGACGAUGCGGACUGUGUCGGCGUGGGCAAGUGCUGUGAGCGCGGCUGCAGCAGGCUCUGCCUCGAGCCUGUCUCUCUGGUACGCUCCAGCCCUCCGCCUCCGCAUACUACAUUCUCACCUGACCUGCCUCAUGCGCCGCGACCAAGUGAACAGAGGGAGCCAGAGGUGCGCGCACAAGAGGGCGGCAAGGCCACGCUGCGUUGCUUCUUGCACGGCAACCCGCCGCCGAAGAUCACAUGGCGAUAUGGCGAAAUCACGAUCGAAGGCGACGUCGGUCGCUACAGGCUGUUAUCAGACGGAGCGCUCGAGAUCGUGUCCCUGUACCGCAACGACACUGGCGUCUACAUCUGCGUCGCGGAUAACGGACUGGGAGUCGCCACGCAGGAGAUACGACUCGAGGUGCUAGAUCCUGUGGAAGGGCCGGCUGGCAUCUCGGGCACCCCUAACGCCGUGGUGGUAGGCGAGCUGGGCCGCUCGCUCAGCAUUCGCUGCCUCGCGUACGGCUACCCGCAACCCGCCAUUUACUGGUACCGCGGCCAAAACGGGCCCAUGGUGCCCUACAGCAGCUCCCUCUACGAAGCCAGAGGGAACGUACUUCAAAUACGAAAAUUGAUGCCCGAAACUCUCGGAGAAUAUAUCUGCCAAGCCUAUAACGGAUACGGCAAACCGGCGGAUUGGGCGUUUGUGGUGCAAGCGUACAGACCCCAAGGAUCCGAGGAGUACCCCUACAUGGUGUCCCGACAGACAGAACGAUCGGUGACUCCUUACGAGUACGAGCGACCAACUGAAGCGACCACGGCGCGGACGACGGAAGUAGAGAUACCCUAUUCCGUGCCAGUUAGGACUCGCAUCACGACGGAGCGCACUCGCCUGUCCGCCGGCUCGGAGAUCAACCUGCCUUGCGACGUAGACGGCUUCCCCGUGCCCGAGGUCUACUGGACCAAGGACGGCAUCCAGAUCCAGCGCCAGCCGGCUAACGACAGGAUUUAUGUGACAGAGGCGCGGCUGACGAUAACACGCGCGAACACGAACGACAGCGGAGUGUACGGGUGCCACGCGAACAAUGGCUACACUUCGGACCAGUCUACAGUGCAGAUCAGCGUAGAAGGUUUAUACAUCCCGGCGAACUGCAAGGACAGUCCGUACUUCGCUAACUGCAACUUGAUCGUGAAGAGCAAGUUCUGCCACCAUAAGUAUUACUCCACAUUCUGCUGCAAGUCCUGCGUGGAGGCCGGUCAGCUCGACCCCAACGAACUGGAGCUGAUGCAGGCCGACAUGGCGUGGCGGAGGAAGUAGUUACCACUUCGAAUCAUUUUGAAUUUGACUAUUUAUUGAAUAAUAGAACCAGCACAAGUACUAACUUAUAACGGCCUAUUGCGUAUCUCAGUGGUCAAGUAAAAAAUUAAAAUUAGACAAUAUUUAAGUAAGAAAAUAAUAAUAGUAAAUAAAUAAAUAAGUAGGUGUCUACUUAUUUAUUCACCAAAUUCACAGACGUAAAAUUUUUCACCUAUAUUAUUAUGACACCUUCACAGAAUGGAUUUAUAGGUACUUAGUUCAGCAUACAUUGCGUCAUAUUAAACACAAUAUUAUAUUUCUUAUUAUAAUUACAUAGGUAGUUAAAUAAUUUAGUACACUUCGUAGUACCUAUCCAAGAUCACUAUAUCGUGGUGCCUCUGGGUGUAUCGUGCUUAUAGCGCGAGCGUUAUUUUGCUUCGUCUCCAAAGUUACCCAAUUUCAAGUCAGGAUUUUGUCUGAACUUUGCUUAGUGUACAAUUAUUGCCACUUACAUACGCAAUAGGCUUGCAACGGGGAGGGUGGGUAAACUGAAA